ACCGAAGGAUGAUUUUUCAGAGACGGGGAUUUAUUUUCCUUGUUUGCUGCCUUUGAAAGCUGCCUGCGGAGAUGUGAGGCCAACACACACCCAGGGGCACCUCCAGGCAUUUUCCCUGCCGGAGAGGAGAGCGGAAUCAGAGCUGGCUUGGCCCAGAAACCUGCCCCAGGCUGCCAGGAAGGCUUCCUCCAGGGAAGAGACCUUCAGACUCCCUGCUCCAAGGAGGCUUUAUCCCCAAAUCCUACUCUGUCCCCAUGGCGGGCAAAGCAGGGGAGCCUCACAUCCCCCUGACCCUGCAGCGCUCCCGGCUGAAGGCUGAGGAGAAAACCCUGGAUUUUGAGUUCGAGGUGGUGAGUGCCCAGUUUAACCGUCGGGGCUGCUACGCCCUGAGGCUCACGGUGGAGAACCCGCUGCUGCAGGGCUCCGGCGCCGGCAUCCGGCUCCGUGUCAACAGCGGGAACGCCGCCCGGAGCAGCACCAGCACCACCGACACCGUCGAGCAGAGACACCUCAACCAGAUCUACUCCUUCCAGAGGAGGAAGUUCACAUUCACCCUGCCCAGAGGUUUCUGCAAGAAUGACAAGAACCAUGACGUGCGGCUCCACAUCGAGGCCCUGCGCUACCCCGGGCGGGCAGAGAGCCUGAGGAGGGGCAGGCGGGUGGGGGAAGCCUUCUUUGCCAUCUACCCCCGCCCUGACCAGCCCCGGCUGAAGCUCUCUGCCAGGAGGAACGAGGACUGGUACCGCUACAGCGCCGUGGUGGCCUUGCUGCGGGUGGGCAGCGAGCAGCCGGCGAUGCACUGCGGCCGCCUGGCCUUCACCGCGUCCCUGCACGAGCACCGGCCACCCCCCACGCCGGCUGCACCCCCACCGCGCUCCCCCAGCUCCCAGGAGGACCAGCAGGCAGCAGGAGCAGCCCCAGCGUCCCCAGAUCUGGGAAUUUCCUGCCGCUCACUCAGCACACCGGAGUCCGCUUAUCACUCGCUGCCCACGGAGGGCCAUGCCCACUUCGCCGAGAGGCUGCAGGCUGACCCUGAGCUCAGCUCCUCCCCGGAGCUCCUGGGUGGCUCAGGUGAGCAUCCUUCCUCCUCCUCCUCAGUGCCUGCUGUGCUGAGUUGCAGCAGCUUCCACCUCUCCUCACCAGGGCACAGCCCAGACCCAGCCUCCUCGCCAGCGCAGGUAUCCAAGUCCCCCGCUGUGACAGAGGGUCCCGGGCACACAUCCAUGGCUGGUGGGGGACACGUGGCCCCCCUGGGGAAGGAAACCAUCACUGUCACCCUCCAUGGUGCCAGCAACCUGCCAGCCACACGCGAGGGCCGGGUGCCGUGGCCGUACGUUGUUGUUAAGACCAGUGGAGGGGCUGAGCAGAAGCGGGAGGCCUCUCGUGCAUCCUCAGAGCCCACCCACACACCCACCUGGGAGGAGGAGGUGGUGCUGGAAAUGGAUGCCGAGGAUGCAGGCUGGGCAGUGCUGACCCUCACUGUGGCAGACAAAGCUACCAAGGAGGCACUGGGGACAUUCCAGCUGCCAGCCCGGCAUCUCCAGCCCUUCCAACCCCACCACUGCAGGCUGGUGCUGCCAAGGAGGCAGGACUCUGUGGGAAUGGUCCUGCGUGUCACCAUCACCCGCAAAAAGAGCUUCAUCCCUCGCUGUGAUGGACUGAGCUACGUGGCCUUGGAGGUGCUGCUGCGGGGGCUGUCUGUCCCCCUCACCACCCUCCCCAGGACCCUCGUCGCCGUGGCCAGAGUUGUGAGCAAUGUCCAGGAGUACAAGCACCGCAUGGAGAAGAAUCCCAUCUCUCAUCCCAGCAUCAGCCCCACCACCAUCCUGUUCCCAGACCCUCCAGCAGCCGCCUUUAGCAUCGCCCGAGCUGCCAACCACGGCUGCCCUCAGAUAUCCCGACCAGCCGGUCCCCGGGAGCAGCCAUCCUGGAAUGCCUCCUUCCUCUUCCAAGGCCAAGACGCUGCCACCAUCUUCUCCGAAGACACGGCUCUGACAAUUGAGUUUUAUCCAUACAAAGACGUGUGGGAUGCUCCGGGCACCCUCAUUCCUGUGGGAUACUCGGUGCUGCCCCUCACCAGCUGUGUUUUCCAGGAGCUGGCAGCGUGCAGCAGUGGAGUGCACGUGGAUGGCCUCGCUGUGGAGGGCACCGACCUCCAAACCAAAACUGGAACCAUCCCAACCGUGGGGCUCUGCCUGCAGCUCCUUCGAUUCGAGAGACCAGCAGCAUUCCUGACCCCGUCAGGCAGCGAUGCCCUCCCCAGCCUGGACCCUGCCACACUCAGCACCCUCCAGAGCAGCGAGGAGCCACUGGCGACCCCCCUGUACCCACUUGAUGGCCAGCUCCAUCGAGAUGACAUGUCCCUCCCAGCAGUUGAUGCCAUGGCCAGUAUCCUGCCUGGAAAGCAGCCAUUCCCACAUGGAGAGCAGAGGUCCCAGGAGAAAUUUGGAGAUCGCCAGGAGCUGGAUGUGGGCAGCUACCGCCUGGCACUGAAGCGGAUGGCAGGGGACCUCCUGUCCCUGCGCCGGCACGUCACCAGCCUGGAGGUGGAGAACGGGCACCUGCGGGGCAGCCUGGCCUCGCAGCAGGAGCUGGGCCACACGCUGCUCCACGACACUGACCUGCACGUCAUGACCCGGGAGGAGCUGCUGGACAGGCUCGCCACCCUCAAGCACCAGCUGGCGGCCAGCACAGCAGAGAUGAGGAGACUGAAGGAUCGCGUCCAGCAGCUGCAGAAUGAGCUGAUCCGGAAAAAUGACCGGGAGAAGGAGCUGGUGCUGCUCCAGCGAGCCCACCGGCUGCAGCAAACCAUGCUGAGGAGGUGCCAGGAUAGGGUGGCCAAGGCAAAGGGCUUGGAGGAGACUGUGCAGCAGCAGGAGAAGGUCAUCCAGGUGAUGGAGCGGGUGCUGCAGGAGAAACUCGCCAGGGCAGGCAGGAGCACGGAAAAGCCAGCAGGUGAAGCCCUCUCCGGGGAGAUGCACACCGCGCUGCUGGCCGAGAACCGCCGGCUGCGGGAGGAGCUGGCGAGGGCCGCCCACCCCGCGGCCCCCAUCGCCCCGCGGCCCCCAGCCCUGCCGGGUGUUUUGGGGGGCACGGAGAAGCUGUCUCUGCUGGCCCGGCUGGAGGAGGCACAAGCCCGCGGGCGGGUGCUGGACAGGCAGCUGGAGAAGGCAGCGAGGAAGUGGGGCCGGGAGAAGCAGGAGCUCGGAACUCGUCUGCUGGAGCAGGAGAAUUGCUUCCCCCACCCCUCGAACCUGAUUGCAAUGUCCACGGCCCCCCGGAGAAGACCCCACACUCUGCCCCCCCUGCCCUAACCCGCGCCCGCUGAGAGAGACGGAGAGACGCACUGCUGGCAGGAAGAAGCCGGUGCUUUUUCACGGGAUGCGAUGACAGAGGAAAUGAGAGGCAAAGCAGAACAUUGGAGGGGGUCGGAGGAGCUCGGCCGCAGUCCCUGGUGUGGUUCCCAGGGAGCCCCGAGCAGCCGGAGGGUGCAGCAGCACCAACCCACCCUCCCACCCCGCAC